CUUAGCCCACUAGAUACAAAUAACCUUUGACCUAUACAAUAGCUUCAGUGACCUUAACGUACUUGUUCAUGUUAGAAUCCUGAUGAUGUCUUCCUUGGCUAGAGUGAGUCUGUACAGACAUGCAGCUCUUCAAAGAUGCAAUGGAUUGAGAUUGGCCAGCUCCUCUGCACAGACAACAAAACGUGGUGGUGGUGGUGGUCGCAAUGUGGUGCUGGUGGAGGGAGUUCGUACUCCAUUCCUCACCAGUGGAUCGAGUUACAAGGACCUGUUGGCUCAUGACCUGCAAAGAUUUGCUUUCCAGGGCCUAUUGAGUCGCACAGGCAUACAACCAGACCAAGUGGACCACAUUAUAGUUGGCACGGUGAUACAGGAGGUCAAGACCAGCAACAUAGCUAGAGAGGCUGCUAUGGAAUCAGGGUUUAAAGACCGUAUCCCCUGUCACACGGUUACCAUGGCUUGUAUUUCCUCCAACAUGGCUAUCACAACUGGUGUGAGUCAGAUAGCCUCGGGGCAGAGUGAUGUGGUGGUGGCUGGAGGGGUGGACUUCAUGUCGGACGUCCCUAUUCGUCUCUCCAGGGGACUCAGGAAAAGUCUACUUGCUAUGAACAAGGCCAAGUCUGCUGGAGCCAAGCUAAGCACUUUGUUCUCCGGCCUCAAGUACCUCGGGAUUGAGCUCCCGGCCAUUUCAGAGUUUUCAACCAAUGAGACGAUGGGCCACAGUGGGGACAGACUGGCAGCUGCGUUUGGUGUGUCUCGUAAAGACCAAGAUGACUAUGCCAUGCGGUCCCACUCUCUGGCCUCUGAAGCUAGUAAGAAUGGCUUGCUGGAGGACAUUCUCUCUGUGCAUGUACCUGGUAGUAAGAAGGUGACGACAGUGAGCAGUGACAAUGGCAUACGAGUGUCCACUCCAGAACAGAUGGCAAAGCUCAAGGCUGCCUUUGUGAGACCACACGGAACUGUCACAGCAGCCAACGCUUCUUUCCUGACUGAUGGAGCAUCAGCUGCUCUGAUCAUGAGCGAAGAGAAGGCUCUGGAGCUGGGCUUCAAGCCAAAGGCAUACCUUAGAGACUAUGUGUUUGUCUCUCAAGACCCGAAGGAUCAGCUGCUGUUGGGACCUGCUUAUGCUACUCCCAAGCUGUUGGACAGGGCUGGUCUGGAAUUCUCAGAUAUUGACGUGUUUGAGUACCACGAAGCUUUUGCAGGCCAAAUCCUUGCCAAUCUAAAAGCAAUGGACUCCGAGUGGUUUGCAAAGAACUGUAUGGGAAGGUCAAAGAAGGUAGGUGAGAUUCCUAUGGACAAGCUCAAUACUUGGGGAGGGUCCCUGUCCAUUGGACACCCCUUUGGUGCCACUGGGGUGCGUCUGGUCACCACGGCAGCCAACAGACUCCAGCGGGAGGGCGGAAGAUACGGCCUCAUUGCUGCCUGUGCAGCUGGUGGACAGGGCCAUGCUAUGCUGGUCGAGCGAUAUCCAUCAAAUUAGAGAUCGUUAUGCAACUAAAGAUUUGUGUCUAUGAGCACGCAUAGCAACUUAUUAUAGCACCAUCAUGCAAUAAAAAAUAUAUUAUUAUUAUUCUCUCGC